AUGAAAUGUACAGUCUCAACUAAUUCUUGGAGAGAACUCGAUAUAAACGUCUCCCUGCCGGAAAUGGUAUAUAACAACCCGCGCUUCUCUGUUCAAUUUAAUGGCUGCUUCCAUUGGUGCACACUGUUAACUGAUUCUUUUGUCUUCAAGAUCCUUUCUUUUGACAUGAGCAUUGAGCAAUUUCUAGAAAUUCAAUACCCUGAUGGAGCAGUAGACCUUGAAGUAGGAGAAUUUGGCAUGCAGAAACUCAUUGACUUGGACAAUUCACUUGCCAUGAUAUGCUAUGCUAAUCCAGAGACGCAAAUUUCGGAUAAAUAUUUUGAUAUAUGGGUGAUGAAGGAGUUCGGUGUGCAGGAGUCUUGGGAUAAAAAGUUUUCCAUAGGACCACUCUCAAGGAUCGAGGGCCCAUUAUCUUCAUGGAACACUGAUAAACUGCUUUGGGAAAUGAGCAAUGGACAGUUGGCUUCAUGUGCUGUCCUAGGUGAUAAUCAAGGAAGUCUUACAAAAUACAACAUUCAUGGGUUUCCAACGACUCUGCAAGCAGAUAUUUAUCAUGAAAGUUUGGUUGAUCUUGGUGAACUAUGCGGUCGUCGAAUGAACUGA